AUGGAGUAUGAGUUCCGUCAUGGUAGCAAAGCGGCUGAAGCGGCACGCAACAUCAACGACGUUUACGGCGCGAACACUACUAACGAUCGUACCACCCGUUAUUGGUUUGCUCGCUUUCGUCCCGGAAAUUUUGAUGUAAGAAAUGAACGUGGUCGACCAAAAAUGAUGGUCGACAAUGACAAAUUAAAGACGUUUGUGGAGGCUGAUGAUUCUCAAACAACGGCUGAAUUAGCAGCAACUUUCGAAGUAAGAACUAAAACAAUAUUGGUCCAUUUGCCUCAAAUUGGCAAGGUAAAGAAGCUCAACAAAUGGGUGCCUCACGAAUUGAAUAAACGCCAGCGCGAAAUACGCGUCGAGACGUGCCUUUAA